GUGAAAGCGAGAGCCUUUUGCUUUGCUCUGGCAGUUGAGCCCUCCAUGAUUGACUUGCUAAUCCGACGACGACGACGAGCGAGCGCAUUAACAACGGGAAUAGAUUCCCUGCCUCCGGAUAUGAUUAUCGCCGUGUCCCCAGCGGUCGACAACAAGCGAGCAUAGAUUAUUAGUAAUCGCGAUUAGGAGGAGCUAAAAACUAAACAACUUCCCACAGGCGCGGCAGACGCAGAGGGCAGAGCACACUCGCCGUCGCCGUCGCCGUCGCCAUGCCUGCCCCUAUCAGCGUCUAUUCCUCCUCGUCCUCCUGCUCUUUAACUACCCUGGUACGACGGGUCGGGAUGCGGAGCGGAUAACGCGCGUCGGCCGUGCAGGCAGGCAGGCAGCCAAGGAGGCGAAGCGGCCGCCGUGCCGAGGAAACAGACGCCCAGCCACCCAGACGGCCGCGCCGGUUCUGAGAUGCUGGAGCGAUGUCAGAUUCCAAGGGCGGCGCCGGCGGCAUGGGCAUGAACAUGGUGACCACGGUGAUGGCCUUCUCGGUCAGCGCCUUCUUCGUGCUCUUCGUCUUCACCAGGCUGCUCUGCGCGCGCCUCCACCUGUCCAGGGCCGCCGCCGCCGCCCAGGGCUACAACGUGGAGCGCGGGACCCACGGCCUGGAGCCGUCCGUGGUGACGACCUUCCCCACCGUCAAGCUCGGCGACGGCGGCCAGCAACCGCCGCCGGUGCAGGAGGAAUCGCAGUGCACCGUGUGCCUGGAGGAGUACGAGGCCAAGGACGUGGUGCGCGUGCUGCCCGCCUGCGGCCACGCCUUCCACGCGACCUGCAUCGACGCCUGGCUGAGGCAGCACCCCACCUGCCCCGUCUGCCGCGCCUCCCUGCGCGCCAGGAACGGCUGCCGCGCCACGCCGGUCGACUACAGCCUCCUCGUCGCCGGCGCCGACGCCGCAGCCACCGUCCAGCAUGUUCCCGCGUCCUCGUCCGGCGCGUCACCGCAGGCAGUCGGACGCCAGCGACAGACCGACGACACUGGGCGGGCGGAUGGCUUGCUGGAGAUCGUCUCCGAAGAGCCCGCCUCCUCGCGAGAUCCGAGCCCUGCUGUUGCUGCUGCUGGUGGUAACCAUUCUCUCUGCGCCGCUGACGCGGAGAGGCAGAGCGGCGAAGGCAGCGCCGGCGCGUCCGAACAUUGAUAGCUAGUGCGUGCAUGCUUGCUGACACACACGCUUGGGAACUUAGGUUGGGACGGAACUCUUGUGAAUUGAGAUUGUGUCUAGAGAGGAGGGGGGGGGGGGGGGGGGGGGGGGGGGAUUCGAUCUGGUUUUACUUUUCUCAGGAUUCAUUCUGAUUCCGUAAAGCUCAUUGCGCUUGCCUGUACAGUCUUAGUUGAAUUAAUUAAUGGAUGCACGUGCUUGUGAUCCA